UCCGGCAGUCAACAGGAAUAUAAUUUGGUUUAGAAUUUAAACGUUGUUCAUCUUAAUUGUUGUUGAAUUAUCGUAUAUUUUGAACUGCUUUCGGCUAAUUCUUAUUCUUCCAUUGACUUUAUUUAUUAUUGCCUGUAUAUGCAGUGAAAAUGAAGCCGUAAUAAGAGUUGAAUUAUAUCACUUCCGAGACAGGUAAAAAUGGCUACAAAAAAGGACAAAGCUGUGCAGGAUUUUGAGAGUCAACAUAGAGAGCUGAGCAAACAACUUGGAGAACAAUUAAAGUUUUUUGAUGCGAGAACAGAAAGUAAAUUGUCUGUGCUUGCAGACUAUCAGGAGUUUUAUAAAAGAUUGGGAGAAGUUGAGCAGGAAUAUGCCAGAAGCCUUGACAAAGUUGCAGAAAGAUUCCAAGAUAGAUUACGUCAAAAAUUGCAAAGGAAAGAAAGGAUGAAUACUGUUGAAAUUUUUUCACGGAUUCUACAAGAUUUAAAAGCUAGGGCCAAAAUCAGAUUAUACAUGGGUACCCGAUUAUCUGAAAAUAUGGCGAAUAGAUUUUCUACAAUCAUAGAAGAUGUACAAAGAGUAAACAAAAAGUGUAGAGAGACAUCAGUGACCUUGCAAGAUGAAUUUGUGAAACAGUUGAAUGAACUAAAUGAGAAACUCCGUCGCUACCACACAAUGCAAACCGAGAGUAAGCUUGCGGAAACCAAGUUAAAAUCAGCAGAAGGUGCUCAACAGAAGUUGCAAGCUCCCCGAAAGAGGGGGAGUGUAAAGAGGGCAAAAAAUGCUGAUAAACUAAGAGAGAAGUGUCACAAGCGAUACACUGAGACAAAGUUGAAAGCGAUGAGAGCCCGCAAUGAAUACAUUCUUUGCCUGGAAGCAACAAAUGCUUUUGUUAAGAAAUAUUUUGAUAAGGAUGUUUAUGAUAUUCUAGAGUGUUAUGAUCACAAUUAUCAACAAGCAUUUCAGAGAGGGAUAGAUUACUAUUCCGGCAUGGAGAUCCAGGCUUCAAAAUUGUUUCAGAAGGACUUGUCAGCAUUGAAAGACAAUGUCAAAGGAAUGAACACAGAGAAUGAGAGAUUAAGAAUUGCUUCAGAGAAUCCACACACUUUCCAAUUCUCUGAUAAAUUUAUAUUCAUCAAACACUCUGAAGAUGAGGUUUGUCAAAUCACCGCUCAGGAACAUGAUACAUUAGACAAGCAGCAUAACGAUGUUGAAGAGAGAUUAAAAACAGCAAAAUCUGAGACUGAAGAGAUCAACAAAAGUCUCGAAGCUGCUAAAGACACUCUACGGAACACGUACAACAAACUCGACCAAGAACUUAGCGCGGGAUUUAGUAAUGAAAGAAAUGGUGGCACUGAAUCGUCAGCAACCAAAUCAAAUCGGGAAGAAUUAGAAAAUUAUUAUUUGGCAAAAUUUAAGGAAUUGAUAUUGACAAGUUCAGUUCGGGCAAGAUUGCAAGCAAAAUACAACGCUUUUAUGAAAGCUUUAGGCGGAGAACCGGGAAAAAGGCCACCUCAACUCCCAAUUAAACCAACUGCAAAAUCUCAUGCGUUGAUUGCGAGUGCGCAUAAGAAAUAUCAGUUGUUUGGAAGCAAAUUGGAAGAUUAUGUUAAGGUGACUGGUCGGCCUGUCCCGGAAAUUGUCGAGAGUUGUGUCCGAUUCAUCACGAAAUUCGGUAUGGAUCAUCAAGGCAUUUUCCGAGUUCCUGGUUCAAGUACAGAAAUUAAUGAUAUGAAAGAAGCUUUUGAAAAUGGUCGCGAUCCUCUGGCGGGUUUAAAUCAUUGGAAAGAUAUCAAUGCUGUUGCUGGGGUAUUACGUUGUUACUUUAGAGAACUUGAAGACCCUCUCUUUCCGAGAGCUUAUUAUCAAGAAUUUAUCGAGGCCAGCAGAAUUCACGAUUCUGAUGAACAAGCGCGGGCGCUUAAUCACGUGAUUAAGAAACUCCCGGAUGCAGUCGUGCAUAUUAUGAAAUACUUGUUUAAAUUUCUGUCUGCAAUAACAAAAUAUAAAGAACAAAAUAAAAUGGACGCUCACAACUUGGCUGUCGUAUUUGGACCGACUUUGAUCCGUGUUUCUGAGGAGGACGACAUGAUAUCCUCACAGGGCCACUUUAACAAAGUCGUCGAGACGAUCAUUAAGUCUUACGAUGUCGUGUUUGACGGAGAGGGACUGGAUGCGGUUGAUCACGAGGAAGAAGAUGAGGACGAAGGGAAGACUGAGGACGAGCUGAGUCCAAAUGAAUCCGAAAGCGAAGAAGAAGUUGAGCCUCGGGAUGCAAAAGCCUUGUACAACUACAAAGCAAGAUCUGACAAAGAACUCUCAUUUAAAAAAGGAGAUAUUAUUCAAGUAUUUAAACGUUCUAACAAUGAUUGGUGGGAUGGCUGUCUUGAUGGAAAUGAUGGUUUUGUACCUUGUGCUUACGUACAGCUAAUUGAGGAUGAUCACGUCGAUGGUAGCUCUACUGAUUUACGGCACACGCCACAAAGUUUGCCUCUUGACCGCGAUGCUUCACCAGAUAGUGAAACAUUACCAUCACCCUCCUCUUCGCGCUCAACACCCACACAUGUGUCUACGCCAACCCAUGGUCCUACCCCAGCCCAUGGUCCUACCCCAGCCCAUGGUCCUACCCCAGCCCAAAGUCAACUUUUACUACGCCAUCAUGGUCACAAAACAUCUUCACCAGAGGUGAUUCCAGAAGACACACAUUUAUCGUCAUUCACACGAAGCUCAUUCAAACGCGCAAGCUCGCCAUCUAAAUCGCCGUCGAAUUCGCUCGAGCGUUCACGAAGUUUAAAUGAUCGGGCAAGUCCGAAAACGACCGAGGAGGUUACUCGGACGGCGUCGCUGCCCAGAUCUGGUGUGAUUAGUGGCACGUGGGAUCGAAGAAGUCAAAGUGUGGAACCUCUUUCUCCUGUUGAGGCACGCGGUGUUGCCGAAGGUAUGCUUUCUCCGGAAAAGAAACGGGGACCCGCGCAAUUCACCCGUGUCCCACCUCCAGCGCCCAAACCCAAACCAAAACCCAAGGUACCAAAACGCAAUUCAAAUCCUUCAACUGAACUUAUAGCGAGCCUGCAGGCCGGCACAGCAGCUCGGACUGCACGUCAUGACAGUCACGGCGAAGUGUUUGAUCAUGAUGAACUUCCCCCACCACCCCCCUGCGAAGAACGCGAGGUCAUAGGAGGGGAGACGCCUUCCCCACCAGCAUCUCCGAUGGGCAAGCAAGACACUUUUUUGUAAUGGGGCAAUGUAGUUUGGAACUCAUGUUAAUAUGGCCCGGGUGUAAUAUAAACUUUGACUGGAUAGGAGAUAAUUUAAUUGUCUGAAUAAUUUCAAAACCGAGGGCUGUUUGUAUCAAAAACCGAUCACUAGUACCCAUCAGAUAUUGAUUUUCAAAUUGCCAUAGUUUGGUAUCUUACUCAGAAUCAACCUUACCAUUCGUAAAGUUUAUCUUUUUGAUUGUUGAGUCUAUAUCUGUUUUUCAGGUAUUAUUUUCAAGGUUAGAAAAAUCCUUAUGCAGUUAAUCUUGACAGUGAUUAUUUCUAGACAAAUGUAAUCGAUUUCUCCUGACAAAUAUUCCCUUUCACAAUAAUUAGCAAUAGUGUCAUUCAAUCACAAUAGAGUGAGUGAUGUAAUGUUUCCCUGUCAUUUCAAUGUUGUAAAAAUUUUCUCCAUGCCAUGGCAUCAAUUAAUUACUCGUUGUCUUUGACGUAAAAUUAGGUCGUGUCCCUAAAGCUUGAUUUUCAUUUAAAUGAUGAAUUCGUGUUUUAACGGAACAACACAACCUCGUUGAGGCUCGUUCAAAUAUGGGCAGAUUGAAUAGUGAAUACCCUGGGAAAGAGGUUGGUCAGAACUUUGAACUUUGCCGAGAAAAUAAACACUAAUUUUUUAUAAUUACGAUUUUAUGACAACCAGAUUAACCUUUCUGCGGCAAUUUGCCUAACAUUCUUCACUAGUCAGUUCAGAAUGAUAGAAUAGAAUAAUACGAAAAAAUAUUAGAAUUAUCUAUAACAGAUAUUACUUCCUUUUGUUUAGAUCAUUUUAAUGCUUUUUAUGUUAUUCUAUUCUGUUUUUACAUGGAUGCUAAGCCAUUUGUAAUCAUUUUAGUUAGCCCAAGGUUUAUUAACGUGGAUUUAAAUAAUUAUUUUUGAUCAUCUUUUCAGGUGUAAUUUGAUAAUAUUAGGAAUUGUUAUGUAAAAUGCUUGUAAUUAUUACGUUCUGACGAAAAGAAGUAAGAUAAAAGUCAAUAAAU